AUGGGUUCCCAAGUAUUAGAAAUACUACGUCAGGGUAUAUGGGCAUCAUUAACAGGAGGCUGGUUUUAUGAUCCCCAUCAAAAUUUGUUUUGCAACACUGUACAUCUGUAUAUAUGGCUAUUUCUGCUAUGUUUGCCUUUUUCUGUUUAUCUGUACUUUCCUCCGGCAAGUCUCGGCUGGUUGAUAUACUGUGCAUUAGUGGCUCUCCUCUUCACCGCCCUAAAGCUAAUCAACCACGGGCUGCACCACAUGUACGACACAAACGAACUUAUCAUUGUGCAGUCUACAGACGAGGCUGGAAAUUCAAAUGAAAAUACAGCUUUGUUGUCAUCUCACAGGCCAGAGGAAGGUAUGGAGAUGCAGACGCUGGGUGGUGCAGCCGCGCCACAGAGCGAUAACGACUCCAUUACUUCACUUGAAUACCACAAACCCAACAAUAGUACUAUAGAUUUAAAGGUUGAUGUUCAUAGAAAAGACAGUUCAGAAUCAAGCAUAGAAGAUAGUGGCAUGUCUGUUAUGCCAAAUAUACCCAUAGCGACAACAAAAUCCGACUUAUGUGUCGAACAACCAGUGGAGGUCGUAGAACCUCCAAAACCCCGUCCAACUAGAGUUCGCGAGAGAACCAAAUGUGGUCAUAGAAGGGAACAAAGAACUAAAACGAAAAGGGGCCAUGGCCGAAUCGACGAAUUAAUUGUCGAAGAGUCGAGGAACCCUAGAGUAGAUAGCAUAAUACCAGUAAAUGUGCUCAUAGAUGAUGGCCCAUUCGCAAAAGUCAGUAGACGCUUUCAUGAAUGCCCUCACCGACGUGGGUCCAGUAACAGAGAUUUCUUUAAAGAGUGGCUGUAUCUUGACGGCAGUGAGGCAACCGGUGAACCUUAUCAGUCGAAAUUUGCCAGACAACUCAGUUCAGAUUCCAGGGAUAAUUCCGAACCGAGUGUAGGGCCACCUUCACCUAAGAAAAGAACAGCCCAGAGGAGAAGAUAUAAUAAUUAUCACGACGAAAGCUGUACUAAAUCAGCUAUGGCUCUGGCAACUGCACAAUCAUCUAAUAUGCGGAGAAACUCAAAUUCAACCAUGUCAACUAUACAACUGCCUUUGUUAAAUUCGACUGCCCAACUCGUUUCUCAUAUGAGAAGGCACUCCAAUAAUGCUGAUACAGGGUUUUUUGCGAGUGUUGAAUUAGGUGAAUACAUGAUGGUUAAAUCUGAAGUGCCAGUUGGGGAUACCGAUAAGAGUAAAGGUAAAAGUCCGGGUGUCAGAAGAAUAAAAAGUGCCGCUUUGGAAAUAGGAUGUCCGCCACCUAGUGUAUCAAAUUUGUCGCCUCAUCCCAAUAGUGCUGAAACAAUUGGAGGUCAGGUGUUAAAAAAUCCUAAAAGUGCAGUAAUUCCACCUCCGAGCAAAUGCCUUACACGCGGUCCUCAUUUAAAUCUCUACCCAAAAAAUGAAUCUGGUGAGGGAUGUAGCUAUCCCUAUCUCACUUACGGUUCAGAAAUAGUUUACCCUAUUGCUGAGAUAUCGGAUGAGAUGCAAACAUCUCAAAAAGAAACAGAUCUAGAUUCUAGUGGAGAAAGUUACAGUGAAUAUGAAGAUGAAAAACAAUUUCGCGGGUUUGAUUGGGAGGCAGAACAGUCUCCAGUUAUUCGUUCAAGCGAUUCCGAUUUUGAAAAUAAUGGUUCUAGAUCACCUUUACUCGAUAAAGUCAAUGACAUCAGAGUAAUAAGAUUAAAAAACCAAAGUGAAUGCAAAAAACAUUGUUGCGAAAGACAUCAAAACAUAAAAACCCUCCCAGAGUGUCCAAAUGAAAAAUCAAAGCAUUUAAGACAAAAAAAGGGGAAAUUGGAAAUAAAAUCGGAUAAACCCAUUAAUCCCUGUGAUUGUAAAUUUAAUCAGAGUAGUGAUUAUUUCGAUAAAGCUAGUGCUAGUUCGAAAGAUUUAUUAAUCGAAAAAUCGAGCUUGGAAUCAAAUGAGAAUGUUGAUCCUUCUGAAAAACAAUCUCAAGAAAAAAAACCAGUAGAGAAGAAACUGUGGGACCACGAUAUAUCUAAUACUAGUAGCAGUAGUAGUGAAUUAGAGAGGCCAGAAGAUGAGGCUAAAGGAAGCAACAUUGCACCAGAGACUGAAGAAUCGCAGCUAACUUGCGAUAGCAAAAGUGCUGAUGAAAGAAGUGUGUACAGUUUAGACUGGUUGUUUGAAGAAAUAUCUGAAACCAAAGCAGAAGACAAUGCUGAAAAUUUAGGCCCAGAAGAAAUUUUAUGCCAAAAAUUAGCUAAUGCCUUAGGAGAAUCUUCAUCAAAUGUACCAAAAAAUUUAGGCGCUAUACCAAAACAAUUAAAAAACUUAGCACGCUCACGAGCUUCUUCUCAAAAAGAAAACAAAGUGAAGGAUUCCAGAAAAGACAAAGAUGAAAACCAGACUGAAGAUAGAAUAUUAAUGGAUGCUGUCGAAGCUCAAGCUGCUUUAGUUCAAGGAUUGGAAUGUCUUUUUGCGGCUACAAAUGCAAACACAGUUGUAAUGCCUCCUCCAAACAGAGACGAUAGAUCAAGAAGUCACAGACAAAGUAUUAGAGGCGAAAGGGACAGUUUGCACAAAACGAGAAAACGAUCCAUAGAGGAAGUCGCACAAACAUCAACUAACACAUUACUGCCAACCUCAAUGCCAUUAUUAGCCGCUUUUCUUAACUCAAGGGUAGAUUUUAUGCCUUGCUGUGUGCCUGAUAAUCAACCUGCCAUUGAAGGACAAGCACCGGAAGAAGGGCAGAGACUAAGACCCUUGAUGGAUCGCAAUCAUCGAAAUCGAAUUAGAAAAAUUAAGCGCUCUACACGUCAGCGUAAUAAUCCGCCCCAACAAAGCACGGAUAAGAAAGACAAGCCUUCUACAUCAGAUAAUCCAAAUAGUAAUAAUGUCCACUUUGCUACGUCAUUUGAGGAUACCACCGAUGGCGCUAUACACUGUUUCAUGGAUGAAUAUGGAAACUGGAUGUCAUAUACUUUCGAUAAGAAUAGUUCUGGUAGAGCUCAGCCUCAACCGAUACCAUUAGCUGAUAAAGAAGAUGGGACAAGAAAUAUCGCCCUUAAAUCUGAAAAUCCUGACAAUUCUCAAGAAACUGCCGGCGAAUGCAGCUGUGGCUCUCUAGAAUCAGAAGUUGCGAAUAAUGAAAGUGUACCAAAAACGAAACGCGGUGACAGUAUAGAUCAAAGUUCUUCCAACCAAGGAAGCAAUAACCCUUUGCUUUCGAGUAAUAACAACGUAUCAACAGUCGUCCCUAUCAACACCAAUGGCUCAAAUAAACGGUUCUAUGUGUUUGAUGGUGGGACUGGCUCACAUACGGAUCAACCUAGGUCUCCUGUUGCAUACGUAACAGAUAGUUUGUUAGAACAAAUAGAAGCUGAAAGGCAAUCCCGAAUGGGACUACCAAGCAUGCAUAUCAAUUUCCUGAUGAGCCAACAGAGGGCACAACAACAAGCCCAACAGCAAGCAGAGAACACAUCCACGCACAUACCAAGUCUGAUGCCUUCAAUCGGGGAGGAAAGUGUGGAUAUGAAUAUUAGGAGCAAAUUCUCAAAGCUUAUGGAUGACUUAGAUAAAGCCAAAAAACCUAAAUCGAAAAGUUAUUACAAAUUUAAAUUAUCAAAAUGCUUAGAAGUCAAAGUUACAAUGGACAGAUUAAAACUAAUGGCUCUUUUCGAUAGAAAUCUAACCUUUAAAGAAACAUUUAUUUCAAUAAUGCUCGCGGUUGCAGUGGCUGCGCUGGGCUCUAUGGUUUUAAACCUCGGAUUUUACAGGGAUAUAUACGCUUUUUGGUUUUGCUUCAUUAUGGCAGGCAGUCAAUAUUCGUUAUUGAAGAGUGUUCAACCUGAUUCGGCGUCACCCGUGCACGGGUUCAACAAAAUGGUCGUGUUCUCGCGACCAGUUUAUUUUUGUUUAUGUACAGCAAUAUUGUGUGCUGUAAAUAAUCAGUUACAACAGAUCGAUCCGCCCAAAGACAGCCAUAUAAGGACAAGGCGAAGUGCAGAUGAACUUAAACCUCUGACUAUAUAUGGAUUUGAAUUUAAGGAGACCGAUUUUUUAUACGUUAUACAAGAGAUCCUCUCUAAAUUUCUACUAUUUUUUCCCUUAGCUUUUAGUUUGGGUUUAUUUCCCCAAGUGAAUACGUUCCUAAUGUACCUAUUGGAGCAGAUCGAUAUGCAUAUUUUUGGAGGUAAUGCAACGAGUAGCUUAAGCGCGGCUGUCUAUUGCGUUGUCAGAUCUAUUGCAGCCAUUGGAGUAUUGUAUGGUUUUGCAUAUAGUGGGUUGAUAGAAGGGAAGAAAACUCAACAUCAAAAGCAUAAUAUAUUGUUUUCUAUCUUCUGCGGUCUUCUAGUCCCCAUAGCGUAUCACUUAAGUCGAAGUGCCAGUGAUUAUACGCUUAUUUGGAAUUUAAUAAAGAAACAUUUACUACCUCCAGACUUUUAUGUCGUUCAAAAUCCAGAACCACAAGAAACAGAAAAAACUGACCCAAAUACUUUAAGCGAGCAAAAGAAAAAUAAUUCGGAGAGUAACAUAUCCAAACAAAAUUCUAUGGGCAGUUCGACGUCAAAGAUCAACUUUAGUUCAGAAACUAAUAUAGCAAGAUCUCAAAAACGUUCUCAAACAUCGAGUAUUAGUUCAUUGAAGAUGGAUCCUAGGGGUGACACUAUGAACUCCACGUCAUCUCUAAAAGCUGAUCGAUCGGAGGCUCCUACUGAAACUGAGGAAAAAAGUAGAGAUUCAAAUACUUUAAACUCUAACGCAAACAAACAGGACACAGAUAAACCUGAUGAGGAUAUGGAAGAUCCUUUACCCAAGAAAUUGCAAGCGACCGUCAACGCCAGACUGAAGAAUGACCUAAUAGUCUGCACGUUUCUCGGGCUCUUCGUUUUUGGCCUGCAUUGUACAACAGUUUUCACUACUUUAAGACCACAACUUAAUACGGUGCUUUGGAUCAUAGCGGGCGUGCUCGGCUGGCUCCUCCACUACAUAACGCCGCAGCUGCGCAAGCAACAGCCCUGGCUCUGCCUCGCGGGCCCCGUGCUCAAGCAACAUGAACACGCGCAGUUCGAGGUCACUGAGCCUGCCAAGCUCAUGUACUUUGAGAGGAUGUUCGUGUACCUGUGUUUCCUGGAGCGCAACGUGCUGUACCCGGCCGUGGUGCUGGCCGCCACGUCGCAGGACGCGCCCGCCAUCGCGCACAAGUACGGCGACGCGUUGGGCGCGCUCAUCGUGUGCGUGUGCGCGCUCAAAUGUCUAAGAAACGCGUACUCGGAACCUGACACGCAGUACCUGAUAGUGGUGUUCGCGGUGCUGCUGUUCCAGCGGGACCUCAUUAGCCUGAAAGUGUCAGAAACAUUUCUUGUGGAUUACUUCAUAACGGCAAUCAUAUUUAGCAAGGUGUAUGAGUUCUUGUUGAAGGUGCAGUUCGUGGUGACGUACAUCGCGCCGUGGCAGAUCACGUGGGGCAGCGCCUUCCACGCCUUCGCGCAGCCCUUCUCCGUGCCACACUCCGCCAUGCUGUUCCUGCAGGCCGCCGUGUCCGCGCUGCUGUCGUCGCCGCUCACGCCGGCCUUGGGAAGCGCCAUAUUCAUGACGUCAUACGUGCGCCCCGUCAAGUUUUGGGAACGCGAUUACAACACGAAGCGGGUGGACCAGAGCAACACGCGGCUGUCGUCGCAGCUCGAGAGGAAUUUGGGCGCAGACGACAACAACCUGAACUCGAUAUUCUACGAGCACCUGACGCGGUCGCUGCAGCACUACCUGUGCGGCGACCUGCUGCUGGGCCGCUGGGGGCAGGUGCAGCAGGGGGACUGCUUCGUGCUGGCCUCGGACUACCUGAACUGCUUGGUGCACAUCGUGGAGAUGGGCAACGGGCUGGUGUCCUUCCAGUUGCGCGGGCUGGAGUUCCGCGGCACGUACUGCCAGCAGCGCGAGGUGGAGGCCAUCUCUGAGGGGCCCGAGGAGUUGAGUGAGGGCGGGUGCGGGUGCGGCUGGCCGUGGUGCGCGCGCGUGCUGUCGCCGGGCGCGUGGUGGGCGCUGCGCUGGCUGGCGUGGCAGCUGGCGGCGGCGCGCUACGUGCUGGAGGGCUACUCCGUCACUGACAACAGCGCCGUCUCCAUGCUGCAAGUCUUCGACUUCCGCAAGGUGCUGCUCACCUACUACGUCAAGAGUAUUAUCUACUACACUAUACAAUCGAGUAAACUCGAGGAAUGGCUGUCAUCGCCCGAGCUUACUGAAGCACUCAAGCCCAUGAGUGAGAGGUCCUUCGUAGACUUGGACCCCAUCUUCAAUGUCAACCUGGAUGAGGACUACGACUUUCGAGCUUCUGGAAUAACUAAGAGCCGGUUCUGCGCCGUGUACCAGGAGUGGGCGGUGCACUGCGCGGCGCGGCGCGGCGCGGGCUGGCGGCGGCGCGCGGCGCAGCGCGACGGCGCGCUGCUCACGCUGUGCUUCGCGCUCAGCCUGCUCGGGCGCCGCGCGCUGGCCGCCGCGCACCACCUGGCCGCCUCCUCCGUCGAGUUCUUCCUCUACGGCCUGCACGCGCUCUUCAAGGGCGACUUCCGCAUCACGUGCGCGCGCGACGAGUGGGUGUUCAGCGACGUGGCGCUGCUGCACUCGGUGCUGGCGCCCGCCGUGCGCAUGGCGCUCAAGCUGCACCAGGACCACUUCAUGUUCCCCGAGGAGUACUGCAGCAGCGCGGCGCUGUACGCCGCCAUCGCCUCGCACGCGCAGCGCCUCGUCAUCUGCCACGAGGCGGCGCCGGCCUGGCGCUACAACGUGCUGCGCGGCGCGCCGCAUCUGCUCGCGCUCAGACACGUAAUGGACGAAGGCAACGACGAUUACAAAAUAAUAAUGCUGAACAAGCGUCAUCUUGGCUUCCGCGUAAUCAAACUGAACCGCGAGUGCGUGCGCGGGCUGUGGGCCGGCCAGCAGCAGGAGCUGGUCUACCUGAGGAACAGGAACCCGGAGAGGGGCUCCAUACAGAACGCUAAGCAGGCGCUGCGCAACAUCAUCAACUCGUCGUGCGACCAGCCCAUCGGCUACCCCAUCUACGUGUCGCCGCUCACCACGUCGUACGCGGACACGUCGCCGCCGCUGCGCGCGCUGGCCGGCGGCCCGCUCACCGUGGCCGCCGUGCGCGACCACCUCGUGCGCCUGUGGAGGCGCAUCCGGCGGCGCUGCGGCGAGGGCUGCUCCAGCGGCGCGUGCGAGGCGGCGGCGGCGGAGGCGGGGCGCGCCGCGCCGCGCGUGCCGCCUGCGCACCCGCCGCGCGCCGGCGCCCCGCGCGACUCCGGUGUAGCGGGUACACGCGGCAGCCUGUCCAGCGCGGGCAAGCCCACGUCGUCCACGCUGGCGGCGUCGCUCGCGGGGCUGCUGCGCGAGCACUCGCACGAGCGCGCGCAGGACGACGCCGUGUACGCGGCGGAGGGCGCGGAGGCGCGGCGGCGCGCGGAGGAGCGCGGCGCGCGGCGCGAGCGCAACAUGCGCGCGCGCACGCAGCCGGGCAGUCGCAGCCGCGCGCGGCGCGAGCGCGCGCUGCCCGCCUCCUUCCGCCUGCUCGCCGUCAGCGACCCGCUGCGCGCGCCCCCCGCGCCGCACGCGCACGCCGCGCACCCCGCGCACGCCGAGCGGCUCGCGGACGACGUGCAGGGUUCCAGCGGGUGGGAGUGCGCGUGGCGCGAGCAGCCGCGACGCGCCGCUAGUGCUAAGGCGUGCGGGUCGCGGGCGUCGCCGGUGUCGCGGUCGUCGGGCUCGCACUCGUCGCUGGAGGAGGCGCGCGGCGGCGACGUGUCGCUGCCCGACUGCAAGAUCAUCGCCAACCGGAACGUCGUCGCCUUCACCAGAUACUUCAUAAACGAAGGUACGUCGAAGGAUCUAUCGAAGUUAAGCAAAGACAUUCGUCACGAGCGCGAGAGCUACCGAGAGCUGACCGGCCGAUACAUCGAGAAGCCUGAAAGCAUACCGUUGAAGGAAACCCACUACUCCGAUAUAUCGAAUAAAGAAUCGAUUUUGAAGAAAGAACCCAAAAAGGACUCUAAGACAAAGGAGAUAAAGACGAAAAUCAAACGAUCUGAUUCGGGUCGAAGUGAAUUGAAGGCUAACAUCAGUGUGGGGAGUAAAGUUCUGAUAGUGGAGCCGUUGGGAGUGUACGAUUGUAUUAAUUUGGGGAGAAGGAUAGACGUGCUGUGGCCCUCCGAGCAGCAGCGGGAGAGGGGUGGGAGGAACUAUUGGGGAGGAUGGGUGCCCAUGGCGGGGAUGGACGGACUGGUAGUACACAAGUGGACGCCCAACCACCGGGACCCGAAGCUCAGGUCCCACGUCGACAAGAGCAUACUGCUCGUGCAGAUAGACGACCGCUUCGUGCCCAUCGCCGAGCACUGCGUGCAGGACCUCGGCGACGAAGUU